UACAGACGAACCAUUAUUUAAAGACCAAACAACUUAAUUAAACAGUCCAUUUACUAACACAUUAUGCUACUGAUCCUUGUGACGCAUUUUCUUUGCCUUAGCUUGUAAACAAACACCUGCAGAUUCGGUCCUCUUCUCAAAAUGAGCUCAUUUCUCUUUAAAGCAUUGAACAUUUAGUUAGAAAAAAAAUCUGCAGGCUUCUUUGACUGGCUGGGCAUUAUACUAGAGUCAUGGGGAGAAAUGGCAAAUUAAAUCAGGUGUAGGCAGGGGAAACCGAAGUAGGAUUUUGUGUACAAGGGAGGCUGUGGGACUUAUAUCUGGCACUCAGUGGUGCCAAGACUCUCACCAUUAGGUGCCCCGUGCGAUAUGUGAUUCUGAUCGGUGUGUGUGCAUGGCACUGAUGGACUUUGUUGUAUAGUUCUGUCAGUUUCAGUUAGGUUAAGUGAAGGAAGCCACUUAGAGGAGAAGCAAUGACAGCUUAAAUCAUCAUGGGUAACCUGCUGGCUGGUGUUUGGGGCUCUGAGAGUGUUGGUUCAGGGGGCAGCAAGCGGAAGGUGGAAGAGGUGCUGGGAGAGGAUGAGGAUUUACUGGAUCUGCAUUCUGUGCUGCACACACCAAAGAAGCGAAAGUUUAACUCCACCUCCAAAUAUAUUUAUAAGACCUUGUUUGAGGAAGGUCGGGUCGAUGUGACUGUAGUGGCACUAGGCACAGAAUGGCACCUCCACAAGGUUUACCUUUGCCAGAGUCCAUACUUCAGCAGCAUGUUCUCAGGCAACUGGUCUGAAACAAAUCAGUCUCAAAUCAAUAUUGAAAUUCUCGAUGACAACAUUAACAUUGACGCUCUUCACUUGGCUUUGGGUCAGUUUUACAAGGAUGAUAUUGAGGUUGAGGCAGCCCAGGUCAUUCCUUUGUUGGCUACUGCCCUUCUUUUGCAAAUGGAUCCUCUCAUUGAACAAUGCACUGGCAUCAUGCUGGAAACUAUCAAUUUACAGACAGUGCUACAAUACCACGAGGCUGCACGAAGGUAUGGUGUGGUGGAGGUGGAGAAAGCUUGUAAGCAGUGGCUCCUACACAACCUGCUCACACAGGUGACUGAGCAUCCAAGCACUCUGCGCCACAUUCCUCCAGACUUGAUGGAUGAGUUGCUUUCUUCAGCACAUCUUUAUGUCAUGCAGACAGAAUUCAGCAUUUAUGUAAUGCUCAAGGCAUGGGUGUUCCUGAAGCUAAAUCCAUCCUGGGAAGGUUCACAUGAAGUGGCAUUUUUGGAGGCUCACAAGUUCUUCAGGAACAGAACUGAACCCGGUUGGUUCUUGGAGGCAGAAGGAAGAGAGUUCAGCACAGUUUUUACAGCUUUGCGUAUUGUAUACCUCAUCUAUCAUCAUUUGGAUGUGGAAAUGCUCUAUUCUGACCGUAUUCUGCCUCCAUCGUGGCUCACUCCAGCCAGCAUGCACCAGUGGUAUAACAUGCUAAGAAUUGAUCAAGGAAAAGAUAGAGGCCCAAGUGAAAUUCCAGAGGAGGAGUUUGAUAAGUCCUGCACACGAUGUGGCAGAGUGUUGGCCAACUCUGGACAGCAUAUCUGGAGGUGGACUGGAUACAACUUUGGACUGGAUUUGGUCAUGACUCAUGAUGGAUCAGUUUUAACUCUCAAGAGAAACCACAGAUCAGAGUACAGUGCUCAGCCUCCAAGACGCUACAUCAUGUAUAGAGUGACAGUGGCCUCUUUAAAUGAACAGAAGCAAGUAGUGUAUACCCAGACCACUGGAGUGCAGUCUGCCUCACUAGUCAAGAAUGAGGAGAUACGUGUGAUGCUGCUUGACUCCGAGGUUAAAUACCCCCUUCUUUUGAGUGCAAAUUUCCUCAUCACAACAAACCAACCUCUUCUGGCUGCUGGUGGAGACAAAACCAGUUCUGUUGCUCCAUCACUCCCUGGACCAGGAGCAUUUAAUGAUUCUUGCUUGCAGAGAAUAGCACAGUAAUGGAAUAGUUUGUCAUUCAUGCAUUUAAGUUCAUCUAGAGUAAGAGGUAGAUUUUUAUAAAGACUUUUUGGUCAUUACAAAUAUUAUACUUGUGCCAAACUUUUCAACUUUUCACAAAUUUUGCAGUUUAAAAGUCUGAAAUUCUUCUUGUUGAAAAGUCACAUUAAUGCUAAACACACACUAGAGCUCUUCAUGUCCAUAUCUCUUUAGUGAAAAGACCCCUUGCAUUUGGUUGAAAAAAUGUAAAAUAUGUAGAGAAUGCUAGCCAAACUACUUAGUGACAGUUACACAAUUAUAUACAUCUGUAAUUCAAAUAGGAAGGGAAUAAUGGAAGAGUAAGUGUCAGAAAAUAACAGAGGCAUAAAUAGUAAAAGAAAUUAAUUGUAUUUGAGAAUAUCAUCACUUUUCUUUUAAUGUGGAAAACUUAAUUAUAUAUAUAUAUAUAUAUAUAUAUAUAUAUAUAUAUAUAUAUAUAUAUAUAUAUAUAUAUAUAUACACACUGUAUAUGAAUGCAGCUAUAAGCUAAAAAUAAAUAUAGAUACAGAGCCAUAAUAAAAUGAGCAAAGCUCAGCUCCUAUAUAUGUAUUACACAAUUUAUGUACUAUCAAAUACUUAUUUUGAAUUUACAAAGAAUUUAUCAUUUAAAAAAUUAUGUUUGAAGAAAAAGUGUGCAAAUGUAAACUAAAAAUUAUUCAAUUUUUAACAAAUGAAGAUUUAUUUUUG